AACCGUUAAAAUAUGAUUUACUUUUAGAUGCCGAAAAGAACCAAGAUCAAAGCAUGGACGUGGUAAGCAGUGAUGACGAAAUAGACGAGGAUGAAGAUGUUGAAAGUACAGAAAGGAUGAAUAGUAUUCACGAUUUUAAGCUUCUUGCACGAUGGGCUCCAGCAGUGGUUAACCACUUAUAUUGGUCCAUCGCUACGUGUAAAGGGGACGGGAAAGAAUUGGCUGAAAGAUUUGUGUCAGUCGUCCAUCAUACUGCAAAUAAACACACAUUUCCACAAAAUUCAAUUUAUAAAGAAUGCGAACACGAGAAGUUAACGGACGAGGAUAAGCGGCAAAAAGAAUGGUUUCAAAUGGGAUCCCCUGCGCACAAUGCAUUGAUCCAUAUUGUUACGCAAAAAACACUCGUCACAGAUCUAGAGCAAAUGAACGAAUAAAUUCGCACGACCAUGUUCGAAGUUUUUCCUUCCUUGAAGAUUAGAUAUCUUCCAAAAAGUUCGUUCUUCGGAAUGGAAAAAAUGAUCGCUGGAACACAAUUAGCAAUCCUCGACCAUAAUAAUAAUUGUAAAAGGGAACAGGUAAAAAAAUACUUAAAUCUUCUCUACAAGAUAUGUUAAUAGAGUGUUAAAUUUUAUGUUUCGUUCACAGAAAUAUCAGGUGGAUGAUGAAGGUACAGCAACACCGCUGUUUCAAAUUGCGUACUCUAAACCAACCAAACGAUUUGUGGCUAAACCAGUUAAAGAGGAAAAAGAAAUAGGAUAUCUAUUUUACAUAAUUCAAAAAAUAAUUUUGCGUGCAUCAUAUGGAAGUAAAGCCAGCGCAUCGAAGAGAAAAAAACGUCAAUACGACAAGAAAAUUGCUCCUGUCGCAAGACCAGAUAGAGAAGAAAUUAUAUCAAAUUCGAUAAAAUACAAGCGUAUAAAGUUGUAAAUAGUUAGUACGAAAACAGAAUACAAACGUUUUUUUUAAAACAUAAAAGGCCGC